GUCUCUUUUCAUCUUAAUUUACCUACUUGCGUUUUUCGGAUUUCUACGCUAAAAAUGCUGUUUAAUAUGAGCGUCUUCACUGUGUGUACCUUAGUUCUCCUUGCUGUUGGUCCUGUAGAAUCAUUUGAUUACAAGGAUGAAAUAGCACAAGGAUCAUGUACAUCAAUUAUCCCGGACACACAACCUGACCAUGUAUAUGCUGUUAGACGGACUUGUCCGUCGGCUGAAACUUGCGAGGCUGUAUGCAAAAAUGUGGGGAAAAUAUGUUACAAUGCUUUACACGUGUACUCUGGAACAAUUCUCGCAGCUGGUGAUACGGGGAAAGCAGGACUCCAUUCGUAUAAAUAUAACAGUUGUACAGGGACAGGUUGUGGGCCCAAUUUUUGCUGUUGUGCAAACAGCAAACACACUACUCCAAACCCGUUAGCCUACAAGGACGAGAUUGCACAGUCCACGUGCACCGCCAUUUUACCCGGGAAAGCCGUCUCACGUGUAUGCUGUAAGACGAACUUGUUCCGCCUCAGCAGCCACUUGCACAGCUAUCUGUGCCAACUUAACUAAAAAAUGUUUCAAUGCCUUGCACGUGUAUAAUGCUGCAUCACUAAGCAACACGGACACGGGGAAGUUAGGGCUGCAUACAUACAGAUACAACAACUGUGACCUCGGAACAUGUGGACCAAACUUUUGUUGCUGCUCUGGCUGAGAAAUGUUUCUGGCAAAAGACACACAAUUUCUUGGAAGAUUAAAUGAGCCGUGUCACGACAAAACCAACAUAAUGGGUUUGCGACCAGCAUGGAUCCAGACCAGCCUGCGCAUCCGCGCAGUCUGAUCAGGAUCCAUGCUGUUCGCUUACAAACCCUAUUACAAGUAGAGAAACUGAUAGCGUGGAUCCUGAUCAGACUGCGCGGAUGCGCAGGCUGGUCUGGAUCUAUGCUGGUCGCAAACCCAUUAUGUUGGUUUUGUCAUGACACGGCUCAAAUUUCUUUAAUUUACGAGUCAUCCAAUCAUCUGCUUAUUUCUUUACGUGUAAAUGCGUAGCGUUAUUUAGAGCUGAUUUUAAUCAAAUUGCAAGUCACCUAACUAUGAAACAUCGUCUGUCAUCAAAGAGUUUUAAAAUGCUACUUAAGAACACAGUGAAAGGAUGAAAUAAAAUAUUAUCUGUUUAAAAUAACCUCGACCUUCACCUUUAGCAUGGCACCAAAGGUCUCCUGUAUAACAGGUUAUAAACUAUUACGUUAUAAUUUUGAGAUAGCAUUUGGGAUGACAACACUGCGCUUAUGUAGAAUACAUUUUUUUUUUCAAAUCUUUUAUUAAAUAAUUAUCAGCCUCCACUUACAUAAAUUAUUAUUGUCAUAAUUAUUUGUUUAAGGGUUACCUUUAUCAUGUUUACUUUUGAAAGGUGUGAGUCUGUUAUAAAUCAGCAGACACAAGAUUCAGGUACACAUCUUGUCAUUGUUUGACUACUUUAUACAGUAAUCAUGUUUGUAAAGCUGAAUUUCAUUGGAUAUAACAUUUGUAUACACUGCUACAGAAACUGCAAAUUCAUUAUUUUCUUUUUAUAAUCAGACAAAUAAAUUGUACAGCAAUAAUAGACUUUUUUUCAGUUUAAUUGGCACUGUAUGAGCAGUAGUUUGCUAUCCCUAUUAAAAUAUUGCUUCAUUUAUAUAUGUUAACAAUGUCCUUACUUGGAGUUAUCCUAUCUUUUAUACAUGUUACUGCAUACUUGGACUUAUCCUAUCUUCUAUACAUGAAACUACAUGUAUAACAAAAUUUGAUAUAAAACGUAAAAGGAACACAAAAUUUUAUUGAAAGUUUUAUUAAAAUUGAAGCUCACAUACACAUAUAUGUGUAAUUACAAAAACCUAAAAAAAGAGAGAAACACUGGUUGUACACAUGUUGAAAUAAUACAUAGAAAAACUUAAGUAAAGUAUACAGGUUUGAUUCAAGCUUUACUAUAUGGCCAUUCAUAUAAACAAACAUAUUCAUAUAUGAUAUCUUCUAGUCAUUCAUGAUAUAUUCUAAACAUAGACCACCUGCACUC